CCAGUUUUUGGUACAUCAGUUCAGCAGUAACUACCAAAUCUUCCAAAGAAAAUCAUAUUUCAAGUUUUAGAUUUACUUUUAAUACACAAUGAAGUUUCUGGCCAUCGCUGUACUUAUUGCCCUAAUUUCUGUAUCCUCGGCCACCUUUUCUGUAGGAUAUGGUGGUUUAGGGAGCUUAGGACUGGGCUAUUCAGGACUUGGAUACUCUGGACUUGGAUAUUCAGGACUUAGCUAUGGCAGCAACUAUUUGGGAGGCUAUGGCAGUAACUCUUUGGGAGGAUAUGGCAGCUACGGUGGACUAGGAUAUGGAACUGGAUACUAUGGUAGCGGAUAGGGGUCUUAUUACCCAAGCUAUACUAUUGGUGUUGGAAACGCCUGGUGUUAAAAAUAUGUUCCUGGUUCUGCAUCCGUAAAAUUUAAAAUAAAUAUAAUUUGAGUAAUAAACGAAUAGUUUGAA